UCGUUCGAGCUUUCACCAAUGGCUUCAAGUCUAAUUUUUGGAGAGAGGCUGAUGACUAAGGAUUUUUCAGGGGAGGUCGGCGGAAGAGUAGCCGACGCCGAUGCGACAUGUCAGUGGCUGUUCAAAGUCAUGAGAUCCUCCCAAGGCCAUAGCCGUCUGCAGCCCAGCAGGGAACGGGAAGGGGAAGGGGAAACUUGACAAUAAUGCCUUGAUCCUACACUGCUUUUUUGGUAAUAGGAGAGCUCAGCUCAGCUCACAAGUCACCAGCUCCUCCCUCCCUCUUUCUCUUCUGCCAGCAGCUGCAAUCAAUAGCCGCAAACUAUGUAUUGAAGCUCUCCCACUCUCUGAGAUUGAGCUUCAUGCCACUAUCGCUCAGAAGAAACGUCAGCUGAACGCGUAAGUACAACCAGCGAGCGAGCGGGUGGGCAGGGGAGAAGGUUCGAGAUUGAGGUGCAUGAAUGCUGCAAGCCUGCAUAUAUUUCAUCUACAUAGCCUUAACUGGCCGGAAUUCUAGCCAUAUAUACUUGAGCAGUCUGCCACCACAAAAGCCAAUCUACUCCGUCACACCCGAUCUUCAAAAUGAGCGCUUCCGAGUCCAGCACCUUACAGCCCAAUACUCCUGUUCCUGCAAUCGAAACUCCGACGAAUGCGCCCAAAGUCCCUGUUCUUGGUGAGGGGUUCCAGGAAACUCCAAAGGAUGCAGUCCCAAAGACUGCAGAUAGCAGUGAUGCGGAACAGGAGGCUAUAGAGACUACGGGCGAAGAAGCGAAGACUGGAAAGCGACGAUUGUUCGGGUUUGGGAAGAAGAAGGGGGAUGAGAAGACUAAAGUGAAGGAUAAGGGAGAAACAGCAGCGUCUGCAGCCACAAUCCAUGCGACGACAAAUAUUGUACAACCCAUUGCGAGGAGACCUCCAAUUCAGAAUACUUCUCCUCCGCGAUCCAAUCCGAACCAUCCUUACCAAUUGCCAGCUUCACCUCACAGAAACCUUUUCUCCUCCUCGCCGAGAGUGGUGUCACCUGCGGGGUCACAGAUAUUCGAGCGCGAUGUUCAGGAGAGCACUCUCCCUGUCCCCAAUUCCCCAGCAAUACCUUCACACAUUCAGACGGAGAAUCACAUUCCACCAGUUUUGGAUGCAUCCUCGGAGGCAAUUACAAACAGUACAAUUGAUCCAGAUACGGUUGAAAUAGUGAUGCAUUCAUCCCAUCAGCCAGCAGCCAUGAACGUGACAGGGGUGGGGAACUUGGAACCAACAGCAGCAUAUGGAACAUGGGCAGACGAUCUGGUUGCCCACCCAGACAAGGACGACGCUGCCUCUAACUAUGGAGCUUUGGAUAGCACAGAUGUUCGUAGACUCUCAUUCAUAUCAUUUUCCGAUAUCGUACAGUCAGAACAUGCAGAGCACGCAGGCAGCAGGGACUCGAUUUACGUGGCGGGGUUGAGCUCUUUGUCAUCAGGCCACAACAGAUCACCAUCUCCAAUCCGGUCUCCAGUCUCAUCACAAGGCUUCAGCGCCUCUCCUCCAACAAGCAAAUCAGCAUCGGUAAAAGGCGUCGAUAUGUCACCAAAAGGGAGACCUCUAGGCAGUCCAAUCUCCACACAUGCUCCUGUGACGACCGGGGAAUUGACGAUAGAGACCAUGACCCAGGCCUUGAGACGGACAGGGAGCGGAGAUCUAAGUGGCGUGCGGAGUCAGCCUCUGAGUCCAUCGAGUCCAGACGGCCUGUCUGACAGAUCUUUCAAGUAAUGAAGAAAAUAGAAGUAGGGAUUGUGUUUGGGGGGUG